CCUUGGCUGCCGGGUUCCACUUCCUGGGAAGUUGGCGGUUGGAGUUGGGAGCUCGCGGGCUGUCCGACUCCUUUGCCGGGGCCCCUCAGCGGCGGGGCUCGCUACUGCUGAAGCUGCCGCCGUGCUGGAGGCGGCGGGGCAGCGGGGCUCGCCGGGGCCGCCCGCCCGGCCCGCCUGCCAGCCGGGACCGGGUUCGCUGCAGCAGGAGCGGCGGGCCCGGCCGCCCGCCUGCUUGUCGCAGAUGGAGGCCAGCCUGACGUGCGCCGUGUGCCUGUCCCUCUUCGAGGAGCCGGUGACGCUGCCCCUCUGCUCGCACAACUUCUGCCGGGACUGCGUGCUGGAGUGCCUGGCCUCGGCCGAGGCCGCCCGCCUGCAGCAGCGGGGCCAGGGCCCGGCCCGCCUCUCCCGGGGGGUGCCGGGGCCGGGCGCUGGGGGCGGCGGGGCGGCCGGCGCCCGUGUGUCGUGCCCGCUGUGCAGGAAGCUCUGCCCGCUGCCCCGCGGCGGCGCCGCCGCCCUGCCCGUCAACACCACCCUGGCAGAGGUGGUCAAGCUGUACCGCUCCGGCACGGCCCGGGCAGGGGAGGCCGAGCAGGGGCCGGGGCCCGGCCCGCUGGCGCUUGGGGGAACCUGCCAGAAGCACCCCAGCCGGCUGGUGCAGCUCUACUGCCGCAUGUGCCGCCAGGCGGGGUGCGGGCAGUGUGUCUCUGAGGAGCACCAGGGCAUCUUCCACUCCGUCAACCUCAUAGACACGGUGUACCAGGAGGAAAAAUUAACCUUCUUCAGCAGUCUGAAAAAAAUGAGAAUACUAAAUGAAAAGCUGAUGAAUGAGAUCUCAAGUCAACCGAAUGAUACAGAUAUGGUGCUGAACAAUGAUGCAGAGAUAAUUGCACUGGAAUUUGGAGAAAUUUUCAAAACUCUGGAAAUGAAGAAACGGCAAUUGCUAGAAGAUGUUGAAAAUCAAAGAAGUAAGAAAGAAAAAGAGUUUCAGAUUUGGAAGAAAAUGAAGGAAACUCACAAGAAGACCAUUGAGAAUUUUUUGAAGGAUUGUGAAAAGCUUGUCCACGAGUGCGAUCCUCAGCGUUUCCUGGAGGUGGCCUGUGGCUUGAAUACAAGAAUGAAAACUCAGCUUGACCUGAUGAAUAUAGCAUCCAGCUAUGAAAAACCACCAGAGUAUACUCAAAAGAAGAUGGAUAUCAAACCUGUGGUUAAUGAAAUCUUGGCUUUGAGGUUAAUGCCCGUUAACGUAGGCAUUGUUAAAGAUCUACCCUCUGGAGGAAAUGAGAACUCAACAAAAAAUACUCUAUUUAAAAAUAACAUAAAGCAAUGGCAGGACCAGAAGAAUAUACCCAACACAUUUCUUCCUGUAGCAGGACAGGAGGAAGCACUAGCAGAUGGUAGCAGGAUCUGUACUCGCUUAAUGUCAAUAUCAGAAAUGUCAGCAUUUCAAAACAUGAGUCAUGAGGAGUUACGUUACAAAUACUAUAUGGAGCGUCAGAAGCUCACCAAUGAGUUCAAGACUCAAACUUUACCUGCAGAUAAAAAGUGUAAAUUUGUAACUGCUGAGGCUUUGAAGGAUAGGUCCUUGGGAAUUCCUUUUGUGUCUUCACCUACCAAAGCAAAUAACACAGAUAAAGUAAAAAUGGGAACCCUGCAAGGAGCAGAUGGCUUUGAGAGAAGCUUUUCUGGAACCAGUAAUCACAGCACUCCAUCCACAAAUAUGAGCUUUUCUGAAACAAAUGGUGACUUAAAAUUACUUCAUGAGAGAAGUUCCCAGGAAGUAACCACUCCGGCCUCAUCAGAAAACUCUAGAGACUUAGUAAUGAAAGAAAAAUUGCCAAUGCAGGCAUCGGCAGUUAUUGUCUCCAACGAAAUAGACACAAAUUCUAGCACUUCCUCGGGCUUAAAACCAGCAGCAUCAGUAGCUGUUACUGUUUCAAAUUCAGAAUUUCUAGGUGUUUCUGCAGAGAGACUUUCUGCUCCACCUUUUGCUUUCAGUGCAUGUAACAACUCGUUACCCAGAUUUAUUAAAGAUGCUGGUACAUUUUCCUUUAAAAAGAAAGAUAGGAAGUAUGUUUUCCCUCAGUUUUAUCUAGGAAAAUGUGAUCAUGUGGAUAAAGCUGAUAACCAGGAUGAAAGCAAAUUUAGAAAACAUAGUCCUGUAACCAAACCCACAGUUUCUGAUGCUUCAACCAGUCCUAAUUUAGACUCAGCAGAAAACGAGAAGCCAGAUUUUUCAUUUCCCAUUGGCAAUUCAGAAAGAGAUCCUUUCACAGGAUCGGGAGUCAGCAAUUCAUUUAAGUUUUUACCGUUAUCCUCAUUUUUUAGCCAAUCUGAGAAGCCAUCUGACAAAAAUAUAUCAUCUCACGUGAGAGACAAAACACUUUCUGCGAAGGAAACCGCAGAAUAUGGUACAGAGAAACCAUCUGUCUCAGGGGAACAAAAAGCUGAUGCCUCAGAAUCCAUCACAACUGUAGCUUGCAGUACUUCAGAAACUAACGCUGCAGCUGGGGUGGAUGAUGUCUCUGAGUCCCCCCUUCUCCCCAGUAAUUGUGUAUUUUCCUUCAAAAAUAACUGUUUUCAGUUGCCUUCACCAGUAUUUUCAUUUGGAAGUAUCAUCAGAAAUACCUCUGAUUCGUUGACUUCCUCUGUGUUCUUGUCUGGAAAUGGUACCGAAAAAACAGAAAAAGAGAAGGUGAAAUCUGACAAAACACCUCUAAGUCUGGGGAAGCCUGUAUCUUCAGAGUGUGCAGAGCCUGCUUCUAGACCUAGUCAUCCAAAAUGUGAAGGCUCAUUCUUUCCUAUGAAGUUGCCUAAGAAAACUGAAAGUGCAGAAAUGCUUGCUGACAGUAAUUCUUCUUGCAGCCAGCCUCUAUGUCCAGCUGCCCUUCCUGUUAAAUAUGAGAAUGCAUCUUCCACUCAGAUUUUUGUUACAGCAACAAAACAAGAAACAAAGGUAAAAGAUGAUGAAAGUGAAAGUGUUGCUGAGAACAACUGUUCCUGUCCUAGGAGGGAAGAUGAACCUGAGUCUGUACAGUUUGAGAAUGCAGCUUGUUCUGUUCCUGGCACAUGCAAUGAUCUGCCCUUAGCGGGUUCUGUGCUUACGGUAAAUGAGGCAGGAGGCAUGCCAAGUGACAGCGAUUCUGACACUGAAGAGCUAAGUCAAACCUCCGUCUCUACUGACACCAGCAGUGCAUCGGAAUAUUUUUCUGUUGCUGAAGACAAAAUACCUACUAGAGGAAAAUCAGAGACAUGAGAGAAUGAAAUAGAAGAUGACUGUACUUACGUAAGCUGGAAUUAAAUAAAUGCUACUUAACACAUUAAAAAGUGGGGAUAACUGUGGUUUUACAGCUGCUGCUCUCCCUGAUUCUUGCCAAUUGAGGUAUCUCUGAAGUUAGAAACAUAACUGCUUAUCAGCAAUUACAGUGUACUAAAGUGGUUUUUAUAGUACAAACACAAACUGAAGAAACAAAAAUGUCAUGCCUUGUUAAAGACUCAAGCAGGGCGAUAUAUGCUGUAUCUUCAAGAAUGCAAACCUUCCGAGAAGUGCCACUGGGGUACGUGUGGGUGGUGGGGGACUGAGGCUUCCCAGAAAGCCGGCUGAGUGAGGCCUCAGCAAGAGGAAGCAGUAUUUUGUUGUUUUGGUAUAGCAGCGCUUGUGCUAGGGUUAAAUCAGUGAGAGAGUAAAGGCAGAGCAUUCAUCCUCGCAGGCAGGCAGGGAGGAGAGCCAUGGGGAAGAAGAAGGGAUGUUGAAGGGCAUUACUGAAAAUUGUUUUGCAUAUUUCCCUUCAGCUGUUUUCUUUUUCAAUGACAUAUUUAAUGUAUAUUGAAGGUACAACUUAUAGUGUACUUUGAAUCAUUUCUCUUAUGCUUUUGAAGUUGAAACACUGCGUCAAUAUUCUUGUUACACAUUGCAGCAGGAGGUCAGCUACGUUUCUGAAAUGCUGCCUUUAUGAAAAGUAGCCAUCACAACUAAUUUUCAAUUCCUUCUGGCAACAGUUUGAGAAUCUGGACUAGGAAUCUAGCUUUUAAAACACAAAAAUCUCCUUUUAAGAAAGGAAAGCAGCACUUUUUACCAUAUUAGUGAUCCAGAACUCAUUGAAUUUUUAGUCUGUGAAAUACAAUGCAAAGUGAGGAUAAAAAUAUCUCUUCUUAUUUAUUAAUCAUUUUCUUGCAUCCAAGAGAUAAUUGUGCUUUAGCUAUUGGAAUACAGACAGUAGUAUUAUUUCACAUUACAGCUCCAUUUCAUUCAGUGAUCCCUCUCCAGCAAGAGCUGGUGCCAGAUUUUAAACAAAUUAAUCCUUCAUUAGGUAGAUAAGUCAAGAGGCAAGUAGUAGAUCAGAAUGCAGAAUGUUUAAUAUCCCUUCAGAAUUUUUCACUGGCAACUAGAUAGUCAUCUUCAAGAAAAAAAAAUCCAAAUUAUCUUUGAAACCUCAAGAGAAAUAUUACUUAAAUUUAAACCUCUACAAGGCUUACCAAUAUACUUACUGUGACAGAAUACUUAAAAAUACUAUUCUUGAUUCAGGAAAUGAUGACCUAAUUUUCAUUUGAUUUGUCUUAAACUCUUGGCCUCAGUUUUUCUGUGGCAGUGCAUUCUUCAAUUGAAUGAGCUAGUUUCUAGAAUUCAUAAAACUUACUAAUCUUCCCUUUCUGUUUGCAUUAUAGUAAGGAAGGUGGUGAAAAUUCUCUUUAUUGUUAGUUUUACAGUUCUUUAUGUUCAUCUCAAGUCUUACUGUAUUUCAGUUUUCUCCUAAUAAUUGUUCUGCUUUUAUCUCUAGGUGUUCUUGUCAGGUUCUUCUGCAUGUGUAGGAAAGAAGUGUUAAAAAGUUGUUAAGUUAAAUUACUAAAGGACAAAGGCUGAGCGUGAUGGUACUGGCAGAGUGUGUCAUGGAUAGAAGCUGAUCUCACUAUAAUGAAAGCAGGAGAAUUAGAACAAUUUUAGAGACAAAUAAGGCACCUAUAAAACUUGUUGCCAGAAGGUUGUAGAAAAUGUUUUUCUGCUACAGUGACAAAAAAAAAUUCCUAAUGAGUUAGGAUUAUUCAGAAACCCUACUGAGUUUCUUAAAAUUGUUCAUUAUCAACGUAUCUUCUAUUAAUUUCUAUUACAGUGUUUCAUGAGUUUGAUAAAGUUAUACUUUAAAGCAGAUACUUCAUCUUUUAUGGAAAAGACACUAUUACAACAAAUAAACAGACUACAAUAUGCUGUUUUUGAAAGCAUGGAAAGUUGUGUAAGUGCAUUAUAGCUCAGCAUUAAGGUUUUACAUGAGAGAUAAAUGUAAAACAUCCUGUUUACCUUACAGUAGGUCACAGUAAAAUUACAAUCCAUGCAGACAUUAAAUCUGAUACUUUCACAAUUUGAUUUCUUGGUCAUUUUGAAUUAAUCAUUUUGUCGUCUUUCACUAUUGACUGCUUACUAAAAGCCAUAACAGGAGUGAGGUGCUUUUUAUAUAUGUUAUUAAAAGUGAAAUGUUGAUUGUUGUUACUAACGUUUCAAGAGAUAUUACAGUCUUCAGCAUAUAAAAUAAGUACCAUGUGAUAGACCUAAUAAGUUUGGUUUUUACCCAGGAUUUCAUGCUUACUGGGCAAAUAACUGAGAAGCCAAUAGGACCAAUUCCUGACUUUAUUCCUUGGUCAAUUUCUUGUUUCUUAGCUAAAAAAAUUACUCCAUUUAUACUGGGAAUUAUGAACAUGAACAGGCCUAAAUAAGGUCACUUCUACCCUAGCUGAGGAACAGUUGUUCAAGAUCUAUCCACAUACGGCAUGACUUGCCAGACAGUAGAGAAUAAUUUGAGUAAAUUUUAUUCUGCAAGCAGAGUUAAAGCAGUGUUUCCUACCACUGUGUUCCAUUUGUCAUCAUCGUGUUUCAGACAUCAAAAAACUGUAAGGAAAAAAGUUUAAGUCAGCUGAUGGUAGCGCAGCAGCACUACUUGACUACAUCCAGGUUUUCCCUCCAGUAUCUCCUAGCAACAUGUUGUAUGUAGUUUAAUGCUGCCUAAGAGAUGUCAGGUCAAAGAUGUCAUCAGUGAUCAUUUGAUCAACACCAGAGCUAACUCAAAGAAAUGGGAUUCUGAAUUGGCCUUAAUGCACAUUUUGCUUAUUUAUCAAUAGAGAAUAACUUAUUUCACUACCUUGGUCGUAACUAUAAAAUUUUGUGUGACAAUGAGGACUGUUGUCAAAGCCUACCUUUCCUGGGUUAUCUAAACAUUAGUUUGUGUGUGUAUAUUUUUUCAGACAAGUAGACUAAAGUGUACUGUUAAACCGAAGAAUUUUCAGGAAUAGUAUGAAAAUACUGCUGAAAACUUUGCUUUUCCCAGAAAAACCCAAGAAAAUAGUUAGGAAACCUAUUUUACUAAACUCAAUAACUGGUAUUGCAAGGGACCUCUUGACAAGUAUGCUAGAGGUGUCCUGGACCUUUCUGACUCUUCAGUAUGCAAGAGGUGAAAAAUGAAGCAAUUCUACAUAUGUUUGGAAUAUUUUAUUGAUCAAACUUGAUUGUACUGAUAUAAAACCCUAUUUAUACUUAAAAUUUUGUAGUCUAAAACUGCAGACGGGUUUAAAAGAUUUUAUAAUGGUUCAUGAAGGUAUUACGUCAUAAUUUAAUAGAAACCUUGGCAAAUAAUUAAAACAAUUUAUCAUAAUUGCUGAAUAUCCUUCACAAAUGGGCUGGAAGGUUUCAGUGCUGCCCCACUGAGGGGCUAACCUCACCAGCUGUCACAACCGUGACAUCUGUUCAGCAUAUUUCUUAGAGCUGUCUUAACAUACAUAUCACUGCCUGAAAAAAAAAAGUGCAAUUGAGAGAUAUGUGCAAUUACCUAGUUUUGUAAUCAGUUAGAAACAAUUAUUCAGUUGGCAUUGGAGUUGCUAAAAUGUCAAUAUGUAAAAGUUAAUUCUCUAAAGUAAACGUUGCAUUACUAAUACUGGCUAUUACUACAGCUUUAUUAUGAAACAUAUUUGAUAACUCAGCCCUAGUCACUUCCUAACUUAAAAGGCAGCUGAUCUGUGUGGUAAGAAUAUUAUGUACUGCUGCUCUUCUUUUUUCUUCAGUUUUUUUUUCUUCAAGUAACACUCUUCAGUUUCUCUUCAUAGAUUUCACCCAGUUGUUGAAAUGCCAGUAGAACAUUAUCGUUUGGAUCGUCACACAGUUCACUGAGUGAUGUUCUGUUUUGUUU